AUGCAAUCGUUCAUCAAGCACUUGAAAGCACUCAAAAAUCCUCAGGUGGCAACCACUUCAAUGCCUCCCCACUACAUCUCAUUGUCCCAGCAGCUAUUAGCCAAAGAUGAUAUUGGCGAUCAUCGUUCAUUAGCAUCAGUAACAAUGGAACUAGUUCAUAUUGAGUGAUACUCUGGGCACAUCCCGGGUGAGAAAUGGCAAGUGGGUAAAUCGCAAACUAGCGCAUUCCUGUCUCAAGUUGAACAACGAACUACUGUGGGCGACCAACAUUUGAAAAUCUCACAUGUGUCAGCGGCCGAGGAGAAUGCAACUGAUGGAAACAGACCAGUGAGUGCUGCUUCAGAACCACGAAAACCGCAACUUACCGCCGAAGGCGAAUUUCUUGAGAUGGUAAAUGCGAUUAGCGAACACGAAGCUCAUAGUGAAAUAACUAGUGACGGAUCUCUCAGAUCGGAAUCAGCGGCUGAACUCAGAAGUACCACAAUGCAGUCGCAUCGAUCGGAAAAUCCAGAAAUUCCUCACAGUAGGAACUCAAACUACGAAAUUUCAGUUCACACCGCUCUAAAUUCGGUUGAUUUAAAAAGUGUAAAAACCGGCAUUUCGACAGUUACAACACGUUCUGGCUCGCGAUAUACUUCACAGAAGGGUUUCAGUCGCGUGCCGAUCCCAGGAUACAGUGGUCAUAUGCCAGGUAUAUAUCAGUGUGGUUAA